AUGGCGACUCCGGCAUCCAACGCCGCAAGAGACGGCGACGACGGCGGCGGCGGUGGCGGCGCGGAUCGGGUCGAUAGCCGCUGCGGCGGCGGCGUUCGCGCCGGCGCGGGGAGGAGCAGGAGCGCUAGCGCGAGCGGGAACGGGAGCGGAAGCGGAAGCGGAGAGGGGAGUAGGAGCGGGGGAAGUAGCAGCGGCGGAGGCGCGGAUGAUGCGGACGAGAAGAGCGGCGCGGAGGGGUCGCAUGGUAACUCCGCGUCACCGGCCGCGCCGCAAGUUCACAAGAGGCACAAGGACUCCGCCAACGGCGCGCAAACCCCGCCGCUUCCCCGCGCAAGCGCGGGAGCGCACAAUGAGAGAGAAACCGCCGUGACGAGGGAGGGAUCUCGACUUAAAGGGGGCGGGGAAAAGGGGGAGAAGAGCGAGAGAGCGGAAAGAGCGGAGCGGGGGGAGCGGGGGGAGCGGGUAGCGGCUGGCAAAGGCGCAUCGGAAAAAGCGGGGAGCGCGGAGAUGGCGGAGGUUCCGCGGUUCCUGCUGAGCCUGUCGCGGAGUGAGAAGGAGGACGAUUUCUGGGCGAUCAAAGGGGGGAAGCUGCCUCAGCGGCCCAAGAAGCGGUCGAAACUCGUGGAGAAAGGGUUGCAGCGUCUCCUGCCCGGUGCGUGGCUGACAGGCGUGAGCCGCGAGCGGUACGAGGUUCGCGAGAGAAAGUGCACCAAGAAGAAGCCGCGUGGGCUCAAGGCGAUGAACGGGGCAGAGAGCGACAGUGAUUGA